CCUUGAUCAUGUCUGCUAACAAGCUUAAUGGAUCACUUCCCUCUAGUGUGGGUCAAUUAACCAAACUAACCGCUCUGUCCCUUUAUUCAAACCGUAUCAGUGGUUCAAUUCCUCCGGAAAUAGGGAAACUGACCAACCUUACUUAUCUCGACCUUGAUGAUAAUAACCUCAUUGGACAACUACCUCCAAUUUUGGGUCAGUUAACUAAUUUGUCUUAUCUGUACCUUAAUUCCAACCAUUUAAAUGGAUCAAUUCCUCUCUCAAUUGGACAGCUAGUGAAACUGGAUUCUCUGUUCCUAAAUGGCAAUAUGCUCAGUGGACCACUUCCACCCACAUUGGGUCAUUUAACAAAUUUGGUAGAGUUACGUCUUGAGUCAAACAAAUUUAACGGAUCCAUCCCUCCAGAAAUUGGAAAUCUUAUAAAUCUGGAGAGUUUGGGACUCGAGAAUAACCAAUUAACUGGUGCAAUACCGUCUGCUAUAUGUAAUUUAACCAACUUACAAUAUUUGUGCCUCAGUCAGAAUCAGAUAAGCGGUUCGUUGCCUUCUCGAAUAGGGAAUUUAAAGAAUCUGACAAGUUUGCUACUCAGUUCAAACAACCUCAUGGGUCCUAUUAUGCCAUCUUUAAGUGGUCUGGAGAGUAUAAAGUAUAUUGACAUGUCAGACAACCACUUCAAUGGAAGCAUACCAGCUGAGAUAUGUUCCCUUUCUACACUCACUUUUUUGGACCUCAGUAACAACUCAAUUGUUGGACAAAUACCUUCCCAAUUUCAUAACAUUAGAAGCUUGACCACCUUGAACCUUGCCUGCAACUCAAUCCUUGGAGAAAUACUUUCUGAACUAGGCGACCUCAAAAACUUGACCACCUUGAACCUUGCCUAUAACAAUCUCACUGGUAGCAUCCCCUCUUCUGUUCUAAGUCAAUUUAAGAACAAUUCGCUCAAUCUUGAUGGCAACAAGGAUUUAUGCGGUAACUUCACAGGUUUUCUUCCCUGCAGCUUACUGUCGAUCCCACCAAGUAGUCAUCACGGUGUCAUCAACAAAAUCAAAAGCAUUAUUAUUCCUGUCUCAGUUAUACUUUUCUUGUCAUUUCUUGUGCUUAUAAUGGCAAUGUUCUACAAAAAUAAAAAGUGCCUAUCAGUUGGUGAGACAAUCACAAUGAAGAAUGGAGAUAUAUUUUCAAUAUGGAAUUAUGAUGGGAACAUAGCAUACAAUGACAUCAUACAAGCAACAGAGGAUUUUGAUAUAAAGUAUUGCAUUGGUACUGGUGGUUAUGGAAGUGUCUACAAAGCACAAUUGCCUAAUGGCAAAAUAGUUGCUCUGAAAAAACUUCACACUUCAGAGGCUGAAGAACAUGCUUUGAGAAAGAGUUUCACAAAUGAGGUGAAAACAUUGAUAGAAAUAAGACAUCGAAACAUUGUGAGACUCUAUGGUUUCUGUUUACAUAAAAGGUGUAUGUUUUUGAUUUAUGAAUAUAUGGAAAAAGGGAGUUUGUUUUGUGUGUUGAACAAUGAUGCUGAGGCUAUGGAAUUGGAUUGGGAGAAAAGAGUGAAUAUUAUCAUAGGUAUAGUGAACGCACUGUGUUACAUGCACCAUGACUGCAGUCCACCAAUUGUUCAUCGUGAUGUAACCACAAACAAUGUUCUAGUAAACUCAGAACUACAGGCCGUUGUAGCUGAUUUUGGCACAGCAAGACUCCUUGAUCCUAAUUCGUCCACACAAAGUACCAUACUUGCGGGUACUUAUGGUUAUAUUGCUCCAGAAUUUGCGUAUACUACUGCUAUAACAGAAAAAUGCGAUGUGUAUAGUUUUGGAGUGGUGACACUUGAAAUUUUAAUGGGAAGGCAUCCAAAGGAAUUGUUAUCAUCAUUAUCAUCAUCAGCUACACAAAGUCAAUUGCUAAAUGAAGUUUUAGACAAACGCCUACCACCCCCAACAAGUCGUUUGGAUGUGCAUAAUGUUGUUCUUGUUUCUGCAAUUGCCUUGGCAUGCUUACAUUCCAACCCAAAGUGUCGACCAACUAUGCAAAGUGUUUCUCAACAAUUCCUUGCCCGCAGAAAUCUGUUAGCAGUUCAGUGUUUUCAUGAAAUUUCAAUGGGGCAGCUCAUGAACCAACAAGUCUAUGUAGACCGUGACCAAAGUGAGAUGUGUACAACUUCCGUCCAAAGAUGAUUUUUUUCUUUUUGACUAGGAUAAACAUAUGAUUCUAUAUAUGUAAAGGUCAGUAGGCAAAUUUUUUUUUUUUUUUUAAUAAAUUUCUGUUGCUAUA